UAUGUAUGAUGGAUAGCGAUCUCUUGGCCCAGCAGGAUACAGGGACCAUGCAUGCUGUAAUUGGUCAGGAUCCCAUGAUUUCUGGACAACAACUCAGCAAACCAUUGCUGUCCCUCCGAGCUGAAAUGAAUGCAGAAUCAAGAGGUGAGGACAAGGCAGCCACUUCAGACAAUGAGCUAAAUGACUCUCUGCUUGUGCCUGUGGAAUCAAAUGACAGUGAGGACACUCCCAGCAAGCUCUUCGGCACCAGAGGAAGCUCAACACACACUGAACCUAUCACAACCGACCAGCACCAGCCUAGCCAAACACACCCUUCCUUUUCAGUCGGGGCACAGCCAUUGUUGACAGCGCAACAGCUGGCUUCAGCUGUGGCAGGAGUGAUGCCAACAAGCAAUCCUGCCCUCAAUCAGCCAAUCCUCAUACCAUUUAAUAUGGCUGGUCAGCUUGGCAACCAACAGGGCCUCGUCCUCACGCUGCCAGCUGCCAAUUUAACCAACAUUCAGGGUCUGGUUGCAGCAGCUGCCGCCGGAGGCAUUAUGACAUUACCACUGCAAAACCUGCAAGCUACCUCAUCCCUGAAUUCCCAAAUACAGCAACUUCAACAUCUUCAGCAGCUACAACAGCAACAGCAGCAACAUCAGCAACAAGGACAGCAACAGCACCAACAGAACCAUCAACUACCUGGACAGCAGGCAUCAUCCCCUCAAAAACAAAGUCACUCCCCAGGACAGGGCAUCCAGUCAACACUGACUCCAACCAAUCCACUUCAGCUUGUUAAUAACCCUCUGGCAAGUCAAGCAGCUGCUAUGGGAUCCAUAGCUGGCUCCCAAGCCUUCAGCACUGCCCUGUCCAACCUGCAGGGGAUGACUUCUCAGCUGGUGACUAACGCACAAGGCCAGAUAAUUGGAACAAUCCCACUGAUGUCAAACCCAGCAGUUUCAUCCAAUCAAACUACAGGGGGAGCUCAAGGCAUUCAAGUGCAACCAAUCACCCCUCAGCUUCUGACUAAUGCGCAAGGUCAGAUCAUUGCCACGGUGAUUGGAAAUCAGAUUUUGCCAGUGAUCAAUACACAAGGAAUAACACUGUCACCCAUAAAACCAGGCCAACAGCAGCAGCAGCAGCAGCAUCCGCAGGUAGGCCAGCCAGUGUCCCAGGCUAACCUUCUGCACAUGGCACAUGGGCAGGCCUCUCUUGCACAAAGCCCAGUGCGUCAAGCCUCUUCCUCCUCCUCUUCAUCCUGUUCUUCUUCAGCUCUGAGCGUUGGACAGUUAGUCAGCAAUCCACAAACAGCAGCCAGUGAGGUUGAUGGAGUAAAUCUUGAAGAAAUUCGUGAGUUUGCAAAAGCAUUUAAAAUCCGGCGUCUAUCUCUUGGUCUGACACAGACACAGGUUGGACAGGCCUUAAGUGCCACUGAGGGACCAGCAUACAGCCAAUCUGCAAUCUGCAGACACACCAUCCUGAGAAGCCACUUUUUCCUACCACAGGAUACCCAAGAGAGCUCUAUAGCUAGCAGUCUGACAGCCAAACUGAACCCUGGCCUUUUGUAUCCUGCCAGGUUCGAAAAGCUGGACAUCACCCCUAAAAGUGCCCAGAAGAUUAAGCCCGUUCUUGAACGGUGGAUGGCUGAGGCUGAGGCCCGCCACCGAGCAGGAAUGCAGAAUCUAACUGAAUUUAUCGGCAGUGAACCCUCCAAAAAACGCAAGCGGCGGACAUCUUUCACUCCCCAGGCCCUGGAGAUCUUAAAUGCCCACUUUGAAAAGAAUACACACCCAUCAGGGCAGGAAAUGACAGAAAUUGCUGAGAAACUGAACUACGAUCGGGAGGUAGUUAGAGUUUGGUUCUGCAACAAGAGACAAGCGUUGAAAAACACAAUUAAACGCUUAAAACAAUCCGAGUCGUCGACAGGCCUGGCCAUGGAACCACUCACAGACUCUUUUGAAGAAACCUCCUAA